AUGCACGUCUUAAAUUUUAUGUUUCUUUAUCGAUUCUUUACUUUGAAAGAAAAAGAAUCUGAAGUUAGAAGUAAGGAAUCGUUUUGGCAGCGAAAUCCGCAGGGAUUGAAUAGCUCGAGUGCUAAUCUCAAGGAUUGGCAUGAUGUCGAGGCCAUGGAAAGAGAAGUAAUUCGCAAAGGAAUUGGAGAGUCUGGUAGACCGGCAUAUAUUAGCGAUCAAUCAAAGCUAGAGUUGAAGGAAGAAAUUACCAUGAAAAAUGGGUUUAAUGCUGUAUUGUCUGAUAUGAUUUCGGUGCACCGUUCUGUGCCGGAUACACGAUUUCAUGGUUGUCAAACGAAAAAGUAUUUCGCCGAUUUGCCAGCCGUUAGUAUAGUCAUACCCUUCUAUAAUGAACACUUCAGCGCUUUGGUGCGUUCUCUGCAUAGUAUUGUUUCCCGUACCGCCUCGGAAUUGAUAAAAGAAAUAAUACUCGUGGAUGAUUUUAGCGAUCGGGUCGAACUGAAGGGGCAACUCGACGACUAUGUGAGAAAGUAUUUUCCUAAAGUAGAAAUUCAUCGUUUUCGAAAACGUCAAGGUCUGAUAGCGGCACGUCUGGCUGGUGCCAUUAAGGCAGUCGGUGACAUUUUGGUUUUUAUGGAUUCACACAUAGAGACCAAUUAUAAUUGGCUGCCGCCACUACUACAUCCAAUCGUGCUAGAUAAGCGAACAGUUGUAUGUCCGAUGAUCGAUGUGAUUGAUGAUGAAACCUUUGAGUACAGAAUUCAAGAUGAAGGUGCACGUGGUGUUUUUGAUUGGAUGUUUGACUAUAAAAGGAUUCCGCUAUUUGUGAAUGACAUGAAAGAUCCCACAAAACCAUUUGAGAGCCCUAUCAUGUCGGGUGGUUUGUUCGCUAUAUCACGAGACUGGUUUUGGGAGUUAGGCGGAUAUGAUGAGGGAUUGGAUAUUUGGGGUGGAGAGCAGUACGAAUUAAGUUUCAAAAUUUGGAUGUGUGGCGGACGGCUAUUGGAUGCGCCAUGUUCACGCGUAGGACAUAUUUUCCGAAACACUGAUUGGCCUGGUGUGACGAGUGAUCGCAAAGACGACUACUUAUAUAAGAAUUACAAACGUGUAUCGGAGGUGUGGAUGGAUGAGUACAAGCAAUAUCUUUACCAUCAUGGACACGGUUUGUAUGAAAAAAUCGAUGCAGGCGAUUUAACCGAGCAAAGAGCUUUACGCAAUAAGUUACAUUGCAAGUCAUUUAAGUGGUUUAUGGAAAAUGUAGCCUACGACUUGUUGAAAGAGUUUCCGCCAAAAGGCACUACUGAUUUCGCAUUUGGUCAGAUUAGAAAUGUGGGAGCGCCGAAUCUUUGCCUCGAUACAUUAGGUCCUCCCGAUUACAGACCGAUUGGUGUUGAGCAAUGCGAAAAAGAAAAAAUGUUCCCUAGUCGAAAUCAAGACUGGUCCCUAAGCGAAAGUCACGAUUUGCGUAUGCGCGGUGAAGAAUAUUGCUUGCAGGCUGUCCAGAAAAAAGCCAAUUCAGUUGUGGUGUUUUAUGAUUGUCACAAUGGUAGUAGCGAUCAGUUGUGGUAUUACAAUCGUAAAACGCAGUGGUUGGUUUAUGGGAAAAGACGGAAUUUUUGCUUGGAAGCCUACCCGAACUACAAAGAAGUGGUAAUAAACAGAUGUAAAAGGAAUAACGCAAACAUGAAAUGGACUUUUGUACACGUUAAUGACACUUUACUCGAUGGAUACUUUAAAACACUCCCAACAUAAAUAACGUUUGUUUUUACGAUAUAAAAAGU